UAUGGGCAAUCCCAUAUACCAAAAGCUGUGACUAAGCAGAAGUUGACGCCUCAAGAUGUCCCCUACUUGCCAAUUCGCCAACGGCUGCGGCUAUGGGCUGCUCAAGACAAGCAAAGCAACUCUGAUGGCAUGCCUCCAGAUAUGAUCCUAUACGGCAGUGGCUCAAAUGACUUGAGUCGAACUCAAUCGACAGGCUCAUCCGAUAUGGACCAGCUGCGGCCUAAUAAAGCUGGAAUGACGGAUGAAUUUGGCGACGAUGUAGGCGAUGAAGACGUCCAGGUUGGUGCUGUUAGUGACAGUUCGAGGCAUCCUGGUGAUCUCGUUGAAUUGAAACAACUUGGCUCGCGCGUGCCCCUCUUUGCAAUCUACCUAGGGUACUUUGGAGAGAGGAAUCAUUUCUAUGCUGUUAAUGGUAGAUGGCUCACUAGCAUGGGCUAUUCUCCGCUAUUCACGGUGGCCAAGUUUGCUACACAGGAAGAGUUGGCGCCUGUGAUGGCAAAGUUGCCACGAAAGGCAUCAAUUGAACAGUUUGAAGAACUCCGCCGCAACGAACAGGGCCCCUUACGAGAUGAUGGCUCUCAGCUUAUCCAAAAAAUGACGGAUUUCAGGCUCAAAGCAGAGGCUGUGCAGAAACAGAACCUCGCAAAGCUGGAUGCAGUCAGGACAUUUUUGUCCACUCAGCAACAAGCCAGGUAUCUGAGCCUUUUUGAGAUUGCCGAUAUACUACUGCCUGCAUCUCUCAAAGUACGCGGCCAAUUCCCCCCUUUUGCACUAUAUGCUGUCCAUGCAGCGUUAUAUCAAAAUGAGAUUGGCUUUCGGCCACUCAGCCCGUCUAGUGACUGCCAUCGUCAAGACCAUUUAUUCGAAAUUUUCCCUCAGAGUCAUUCGCAAAUCAUCAACAAGGUUGUUACUAUGGUCCGCGACUACACAGAAACUAACAUGAAACGCCUGAGAGCGCCAAAACCACACGAGCUUGAGGAGACUAUACUGGGGAAAUUUAUUCUCCAGGCACGGGAAGCAAUCUUGGAGAGCCGCUCAAGACGACAAUGGACGCCCCAUGGUACCCUUGCUCCUGGAGACGCUAUGCAGCUGCCACAGACGGAGUGGUCUCCGGCAAGCAAGGAUAUCAUUGCCUUCUUGGAAUGGUGGGCGAGUUAUGAUCUUUUCGAACCCGGGUCGAAAUUUCACGGUCACGGCGCCCUGAUUCUUCGCGCCCUCGAACUUUACGAUGAUACCGUUCUCGACCAGAGCACGGCCUGGACAUUUUUGCAAGAAAUUGGCAUCAUUCCUCCGUGGGAAAUCCCGUCACGUUACAAAGUCCGUUUCCCAAACGUCACAAUAGCCAGGGGUGGCGGCUUGGAACGAGAAGUUCCCAGCAAUCUCGAAGAAUCUAAGCGGCCAGACAUUGCAGCGGGCUUCAGGCGAGAGCACGGGCAGUCUACAAUAUUUUGUAUUGACGCAGUGUCGACUAUGGUUAUUGAUGAUGGUAUCUCACUGGAGCGCACAGAUAACCCUGACGAGUUUUGGCUGCACGUCCAUGCAGCCGAUCCUGCAUCAAGUAUUAAGCCAAACUCUGAACUGUGCAAAUACAUGGAGCUGAUUCCGGAGAACAUAUACCUGCCUGGACACUUUCAAGCCAUGCUACCUUCUAACUUGAGCGAAGAUGACGACGCCAAAGACUAUGCCUCCGAUGGUCUUGUUAGUCAGUUUUCACUCAAAUCAGGAAGUCCGGCAUUAACUUUCAGUGCAAGAGUUAACAGAGCUGGCGAGUUGCUAGACUUCAAGGUUGAACCAAGCACGCUCGGAAAGGUCGUCUACCUGGAUCCCGAGGACGUAUCUAAAUUCUGCAAAGAGCCAACACCGCCGCCUGCUAUCAAAAGCAAGCGUCUCGGAAAAGGAGCGUGGCCAUACUUUUUCCCUCGCCCAUCCGUCUCGGUGACUCUCCAUGAUACUCCUGGGGAAGGAGACGGAUCAAAAAUCCUGCCGCCUGAUCCAUAUAUCAAAGCCGCCUACGAGACAUCCACGGGGUGUUCCGUUGUUUCUAAUACUAUGGUUCUAGCUGGUGAAAUUGCGGCACGAUGGUGUUCGUCUCGCAGCAUCCCAAUUCCCUACCGGAGGAACGUCAAGUUUAGACAUGGUAUUGAUAAAGCAUUCAAUUACGCCACAAAGGAGAUUUACCCUCUCAUCAGGAAGGGUGUUGAGCCAAGCGGCAGCCAGCGACAAGAAUUGGCUCGACUCACUGGCGGAAUCGAGAUAUCGAGUCAGCCAGGCUCAUACUUCCUCCUUGGGCUGGACAUGUAUGCCAAAGCCACAUCGCCGCUGCGUCGUUUCUCUGACUUGCUUGUCCAUUGGCAAAUCCAUGCAGCCUUACAGCACGAGCGAACCACUCAGCGAACCAUUGAUCCGGAGACUGAUGAUUUGGAUGGCAUUCUUCCAUUUUCUUCCACUCAGCUCGCGACUACCCUUCCGCUGUUGGAGGUUCGCGAGAAGAUGGCGCGCACAGUCUCUCGUGGCAUCCUCGAGUGGAUCCUCAUCGCCCUUGUCCGUGCAUGGCGCUUCGAGAAGACGGCACCUCGCAAGCUCCGAUUUACUGUUAGUUCGCGCUGGCGGCAGGGCUGCAUUGGUAGAGUGGAUUUCUUCGGUCUAAAUGCGAUAAUGGAUAUCGAGGGCUUGAAUCACAAGGCCCUCGUCAAGGACGUCCGAGUUGGAGACCAAUUCGAAGUCGAGCUUGCAGAUGUGAACGUCCAUUCGCGGCGCAUCCUCGUCAAAGCCCUCAAGUAUCUCGGUCCUAAUCCCGCUGAUAGCAUAGAGGCGUCCGCAACACCGGCCCUGACAUGAGCAGCGCAUUUGGCUGGAC